AGAGUUUCAUCAUGUCAGCCAGCGAGUCCAAACUUGCUCCUCUGUUAUCCACACAUUCCCUCAGACUGGUGUGUCCUCAAUGUUCCGUCCAGGAGCAAGAAAUAACGUACUCGUUGACGUCAGUGCAGCAUCAGUGUGAGCGCAGCCUGCUGCUCUGCAAAGCCAGGGAUGGCACUGGGAUGCCAGUUUCCAGGCGUCCCAAGAUCCCCAACCCGAGCCGCUAUGAGAUGUGUCACUACUUCAAGGAGGGCUCUGGAUGCAGGGAACACAAGAACCGCUGCACCUUUGCCAGGAGCAAAGAGGAAGCUGCCGUGUGGACGUUUGAGAAGCAACACAGAGUGGAUCAUUUUCUUCUCUGUCAGCUGAUCGCUCAGACUGAGAGAGCGUCUGAUCCAUCCAACGCCAACCAACCUGACAUCCUGAAAACUCUGGAUCUGAAGGCUGCCUGUGAGCUGUGUUGUACCAAAGACAAAGAAAUCACGUACACAGUUCAGUCAGUAGGUCACAAGUGUAGAAGAAAUCUGUUUUUAGCCAAAUUCAAAUCCUCACAGCAGUGGCGUCCCGUCUCUGAGUGUCCCACAUCCGGACAGUUUGGUCGGAAUGUUUUCUACAAAGAGUGUAUGUACUUCAACGAGGGCUUUGGAUGCUCUCAACACGGAGAGAAUUGCACCUUUGCUCGAAGCCUUGAGGAGGCGACGGUAUGGAACCAUGUCAGAGACCAGGACAGAGACGAGUUCAUGAGACUCAUCAUAGAGUCUGAGGCAGCUACAACUCCUGAACACGCAGCUCAAAGCAUCCUCCAACAGUUUCCAGGGGUAUUCAUCGAGCUGUGUCAAGACUGCUUCCAAGACAAAAAACUGUCAGGCAAAAGGUGGAACGCCACCUGUUCAGCAGACGCAGCGCACAACCGGGAGCCCGUCUUACUCCAUCACCUGUCAGAGAACGGCGGGAAGAUCUACAGCCAGGUGCGCCCUAUUCCACCAAACUGUCCCUUCGACUUCUGCAGCCACGUCAGGCAGGGGAAGCCGUGCUGGCACCCUGCCGGUCACUGCCGCUCUGCCCAGAACGAGGUGGAGAUGUUGGUGUGGAGGGCGGAGCAUGACGGGCUGUCCAUCCGGCCUCAUCUUCUUCAGCUGAGCCAGAAGGAUCAGUCAAUGUACUGCAAAGUCUGCCUGCUGGUCCUGUCCUCCCCCGAGAACUUCUACAAGCAUUGCUCCUCUCUGGAGCAUGCUCAGUCACUGUCUGAGGACACCACCACCAGAUGGAGAGGGCGGCGGCCACCACAUGGCCAGCGAGCUGACUUCUGGCUGUGCGAGAGAGCCCUGACAUGUGAGUAUGGCAGCAAGUGCCCCAAAGCUCAUUCUGUGGAGGAGCUGCAGGAGUGGAUGAUGCGAGCUGCAGAGGAGAAGGAGAUCAGAGACAAUAUGGAUGCUCAGGGUCUCAUGUGCUAUAAUGAAAAGCUCCUGGAGGAGUACAGAAACAGCAGUAACGAGGUGCACAUCAUAUCAGAACAAGUUGACGACGUCAGCAUCUCCUGUGAUGAAGAUUUAAGCGUUCAGCGUGAACAGGCCGAUGGAACACUGCAGUGGCACUUCCAGGUGGAAACAGAGAGACAACUUGUGCAUGUUGUACUCCUGAAGCAAGAACCAGGCGUUUCAUUCAGCCUCGGUAACAUGAGUUCUAGUCCCUGCAUCUACUUGACAGGAAAACACUUUCUUGUAGAGGACACGACCUACCACAUCACCGUGUCUUUUACAUCCAUCAACCCUGGAUUGUACGAACAAUGGUUAGUGCUGGAUUGAGAGAGACCUGUUCAGAAGUUCAGAGUAAGAGUAGGACAGCAGCUGGUCUUGGAUGAAACCGAAGACCCAGCUGUAAACCAAAGAGCCACCUUUCAAACUGCUGAGCGUUGGCAUCGAAGGAACAGAGUCAUUAUUCCAGGUUCGUCCAGGACAGAAGAGCAGGAGGAGCUGUUGAAGGAGUACAAACCUCUGCAGAUUAACUUCCUGUAUAAAUCCUCCAGAACCAACCAGACCCCUCUGAAUCAUGAAAACUACAGAGAGAGAAUGCACCACUUCCUUUAUGAUGAGGAACGAGCAGAGGACCAGGUUGUUUCAAGACUAAAUGUUCGUGGUGAAAUCAUAACUCUGGAUACUUUGACGAGCACACAAUUUGGCAUUAUGAUAGCUCCUCCAGGACAACUCUACUGUGCAGUCUCGAUACCUUUUUUACCUUCUACCAACCUCACUCCAGACACCCCUGAAGGACAGGUUCUAAAGCGCAGCAUCCAGUCCGGCCUAAUCGCCCCAAUAUCUUCAGAUGGGACAAACUCAAAGGUCUACGAAGCCAUCAUCCUGCAUGACAAAACAAGUGAGAACAAAAUGUAUUUGCAGCUGUCUAAAAGAUGCUGCUCUGAUCUGUCACUCGAGGGAAAUCAAACGUAUCAAAUGGAGGUACAGUUUCAGCUGGACUGCUUCAGCUUCUGCAUCAUGCACAAGGCCGUAGACCUCCUUCCUGAUACCAAAAGAGUGCUACCAGACCUCAAAGAUUGUGCAGUUCCUCAAAGUGAUAUUCUCCACAAGAAGCUGAACCCAAAGCAGCAGUCAGCAAUCAGCUUCAUCACGGGGAACUCCACUGUCCCCAGAAAUGUGGCACCGCUCCUCAUUUAUGGACCGUUUGGAACUUGGAAAACGUUCACCCUCGCUACUGCAGCCAGAGAGCUGUGUAAGCAGCCUCACAGCAAAGUGCUGAUUUGCAUCUACACCAACAGUAUGGCUGAUAUCACCAUCACCAGUUAUAGUGUACAGAAUGUAACUGCAACAAACAAAUAUGGGAAGGCUCUGUUUGCCACAGAUGCAAUAACUCUGAAAUACUGCCUCCUUUCUGAGGAUGGACAGUGUUUUUUGCCACUGACGGAAGCUGCUCUAGAUCGCCACAAAAUAGUCAUAACCACGACAUCAAUGGCAAGACGUUUCGUAGACCUAAAGCUCCCAGAGGGAUACUUCACCCACAUCCUUAUUGAUGAGGCCUCUCAGAUGCUGGAGUGUGAAGCUCUGUUGGCCCUUGGUCUUGCUGGACCGGACACUAGAGUGGUUUUGGCUGGAGACCACAUGCAAAUGUGGCCAAAGCUUUUCUCAGUCGAUGACCAUCACCAUUCAAAUCAAACGCUCCUCAAUCGCUUGUUCCACUACUACAUUUUCAGUGAAAACUACCGCUCAACGUCAGAGAUUGUGGAGUUUGUGUCCACUUAUUUCUAUGUGGGUAAGAAUGAUGUCAUCAAAGCUGUUGGAAAUAUCCCAGCUCCUGCCAACGGCCAUGCCCUCAAAUUUUACCAUGUGAGGGGAGAGUGUCUCUUGGACAUGGUGUCUUUGUCUUGGUACAACAAAGAAGAGGUAACCAAAGUGGUUGAAGCAGUGGAAGAGAUUCUCAAACAGUGGCCAUCGACCUGGGGGGCCAAAGACCCAGACUCAAUCUGUGUCCUAUACAGAAAAUUUGGAAAGCCGUAUCGCAUUCAUGGAGUCUGUGUUGAGAAUCUUACAAAUGUGCAAGGCAAACAGUUCAGGGCAGUGGUAAUAACAGCUGUUCAAACACGUGACAGCCUGAAGACGUCUCACCUUGCUGGUCUGGAGCUGUUCAAUGAUGCCCGUUUGUUAAACACUGCAAUGACCAGGGCUCAGUCCCAGGUGGUAGUGGUUGGAGAUUCCGCUGCACUCUGUUGCUUUGGGAAAUGCUCUGGAGUCUGGAAGAGCUACAUAGACCAUUGCAUCAGCAACAACAGUGUUGAACCAAAGCAUUUCACCAAAGACUUCUUUGAAAAAGACGUAAUGGAAACGACAAGGUUUCAGAAGACUGAACAUGCAGAAGAGAGUGACGGUCUCAAUGACACAAUACUUCAAGAGCAGAAAGAUGAGAAACUGGAAUCAGAAUACAGUUUAAAUGAAGACACAGUCCAAGGAAAAGACAUCAAUCACCAAAAGUUCAGAUCAUCGUACAGUAAGAUCGAUGGUGGGAAAGACCUGUUGGAGUCAUGUAACAAUCAACCAGAGGAGUACACACAGGGGAAGGUGUUCAGGGAGUCAUCUAACAGAGGUAAUGUCAUUCUAUUUCAUAACCCUGCCAGACAUUUUUUCAUUAAAGGAAGGGCCAACAUGGGUAAUGUCUUUACUGGAGACGAAGUGUUCUUACAAUCAACAAAAGUGGUCAGCAUCAUGAAGGAGGCAGAAUCAGCCUCUCUACUUGUGUGCUUGCUUGAGGAUGAGGAUUACAGCAAACCAAGACAAAAUACUGAAGAUAAUUUUGUCAAAAGGUUGAUGAUUCCUAUUAAAAGAUCUGAGCCCAGAAUACGCAUACUGAUCACCAAAAAAAUAAGAAACUUUUUGCCAAUAUGGGAUCGAAAUAUGCAACUGGGAAAACCUGUGGCAUAUGAACGAAUAAAUGGAAAGCUCAGGCAGAAUCAUGUGUUCAUGGUGCAAGUGAUUGGCUGGAGAGAACCUUAUCAUUUCCCUUUGGAGAAGGUCAUCGAAAUAAUUCCAGUCAGCACAUCUUUGACUGAUGGACUACGGAUCCUGAAUGAGGAAUUCAAAGUUGAAACCAAUGUGUUAACAUCAGAUGAUGAUCUCUCAAAGGACAAUGAAGACAGGACAUGCAUACGUGAUCAGAUCACUUUCACUGUUGAUCCUGAAGAAGCAGAGGACUUGGAUGAUGCCAUUAGUGUCAGGGAAAUGGGAGACCAGUAUGAAUUGGGAAUCCAUAUUGCAGAUGUUGCAAGCUAUGUGCAGCCAGGCAGUAAAUCAGAUGUGUUUGCAAAAAAGCGUGGUACCAGUUUUUACUGUAACGAUGAGAAACCUAAUCACAUGUUCCCUGAAAACCUGAGCACUGGACAUUUAAGUCUUCUCAAGGGUGAAGAUCGCAGGGUGGUCUCAUUAAUGAUCCAAGUAAACAAGCAAACAAAUGAGAUCAUUGGAAAGCCCAAAUUCCAGCUGUCGAUAAUCAACUCGAAUCAGAAGCUGUCCUAUAGUGAGGCAGAAGAAGAGAUCACUAAGAGACGUGGAACAGGACCUGAAUUUAAAACAGUAGAAGACUGUGUGAGCGUGGCGUACUGUUUUGCAAAAGCUCAGAGGAAGAAAAGACUUGUGGAUUGGGCCUACUCCCAGCCUGAUGAACAUAGAGUUCCCGGGAAGCGUAAAGCCCAUCUGAUGAUCGAGGAGCUGAGUGUGUUAUACAACACACAUGCAUCAAUGACUUUGAUUAGUUCAGACAGAAGCAAGUGCUGCACUCCCCUGCGCUGCCAGGAAGAACCGGAUCCCGAAAAGAUAAAAGAAUUCAAAGAGAAAUGUGGAGGAUUGAUCCCGCUGUCCUCUGCUGUGCGGCACAAAGUGGAACAUAAUGGAAGAGCCCCAAACUGUGAAAACUUCCCCAUACUCACUGAAGUGUGGAACAAUAUCCAAUCAGCUGCUGAAGCUGAUGAUGUAGACAAAAUGGUUGACCUGAUUGCUGCAGAUGACAUCCACCCUCUUCUCCAACCAGUCAUUGAUGAGUUCAGAAGGUCCUCUGGUAAAGCUUUUGUCGCCCCCUUUGGUUCCUCCGAAUCCCAGGUUGGACAUUACACUCUGAGUGUACCGUUUUACACACAAGCAUCAUCACCGAUAAGGCGCUACAUGGACAUCGUUUUGCAGAGACUUUUGCAUUCUGUCAUAAGCAGCAGUGUUGUCUAGUACACUGAAGAGGAGAUAAUGAGUCUUUGCAAUGAAUUUGAGCUCAAGGAGCGUGACCAAAAGGCUGAGCAGCUCUUAUAUGCCGUGAACAUGAAAAAACAAAGUACCUCCAAGGUAGCCUUUGUUGUCAGUGUGGAUUCUUCCAAAGAAAGCUUUGCAGUGUCAUUUCCUUUUAACAAGAACAUAUUUAGAGAGAGUUUCUCAAUUAUGUACAGGGAUUUGCAGUUGUGGGACCAACCAAACAAUGUUGAUGCAAGUGUCAGACUUACAUGGAAAAGGCGGAUCUAUGCAGCUGGCGACAUGGAAAUCCAAGAAGAGUUAAAAAGGCCAGACUGUGGUCCCUGUGUUGAGCUUCCUCUGACACUAUGGAAAGACACUGUUGAAGCACUUGACAAAGAAGAUUGGAAACUUACAAAGGAUCUCAUAAUGAAAGGUUAGCUACAAGAAAAUAAUACUCUGCCUCAGCCAUCGCAGAAACAUGAUUCAGAGUCUGACACAGACAGCUUGGAGGAGAAAGAGGCACAAAGUGGGCAUGAGGUGGAGAUCAACCUUGACCUUAGUGCAGGUGACACCCUUCAGAUCCAAAUGACUUCAGAGCUAAAAAGAGGUUACCACAUGCCUACUGUUCAGUUGGUGCGUAUUAAACCAAAGUUUGAGAUUUGUGUGGAACACGUCCACAGUCCUAUCACAUGCUUCUCCAGAUCUGCAGCUGAUCCGUCAAAGAAUUAUUACAGAAACAUUGAGGAGUAUGUACAGAUCUGGAUACCACUGUGUGAGAUGGAAUCUGCUGCCAAUGCAGUGAAAGAAGAGGACAGCAUCGUCAUCGAGAACCUGGUGUUAACCUUCAAACAACUGCAGAGAGGAACCCUAUCAGGGAGCUUCUUCUUACCGCAGGCAUGGAUUGAUAAAUGGGCCAUUGAGUGUGACCUUUCACAGUGUUUUCUGUGCAUACGCAAAAGAGGUCUGAAGUUGACUUCAACUCCAGAACAUUCUGCACUGGUGGACCCAAAAGAGUUCACAUGGGUGGCCCACGGUGUAACAUGAAAAGUGGAUCUGAACAAACCUCCAUAUGAAGGAAGUAAAGUGGAGUUUGACAUCAACCACCUGCCAAUGGAGACAAUUCCUUACUGUGUGUUUUAGAAGAACACUACUUUUACAGUGGAAAUCAUCCCAAAGCCCCUGCCUUUGAGGUUAAUUGUCGAUACACAAUUUCUUCUUCAGCUGUACAUUGUUGACAAGAAUGAAAUUAUUCUCUACUGCGGCCCGUCCAACAAGUUUGUUGAUGUUGUCGCAGAGUACCUGGUAAGAUUUGGGGGCAAAAUAAAACCGCUCAGGGUGUAUGGCCAACAAGUGGAGAUGCUGGAUUACCCUUAUCCAGACGGCACCCUUCAGUUUCCCCGUAGUACACUCCAAACACGUGCCAAACCAGAGCUCAGGAGCAUCACUCUUCAUCACCACAUGUGAGAGGACCAAAACCCCUACUCAAAAGAAAUAAACAAGUUUGACAAGCGAAUCGAAGUCGCCCGUAGGACAAAGAACAAGUCAGACCAGCUGAGUGAUGAAGAGGUGAAAGAGUACAAGAGACUCCUCAGAGAUGCUCGGACAAAUGAGCUUGAAAGCCAUGACAUCUUGCUGUGCACAUGUACGCAGUCUUCCUCUCGGAACUUGCUGAAGACAGUGAGCACUCGUCAGAUCCUCAUCGAUGAAAGUUUGAUGGCCACUGAAUCCCAGACUCUGAUUCCAUUAGUCUGCAACAAACCAGAGAAGAUCGUUCUGAUCGGUGACCACAAACAGCUGCGGCCCGUUGUGAGGAACGAGCAUGUGAGGAAGCUGGGGAUGGCCAAGUCUCUGUUUGAACGCUUCUACACGAUGCCAGAGAGCAAAGCAGUGAUGCUGCACAUACAGUACAGAAUGCAUCCUGAUAUCUGUGAGUUCCCAUCUAAAGAAUAUUAUGAGGGAAAGCUCCAAACCGGGGUGGAUCCGCCGAGCAGCGUCCUGCGUGUGGGACAAAAGCCAAUGAAGAUCGUUUUCGGGGACUGCAAAGGAACAACUGUCAGUCUAGUUGUCAACACGGCAAAGGGCAACGAGAACUCGAAAGCUAACGAGCAGGAGAGAAACAGAGUGAUUGGCAUCGCUGAAGAGCUGGUGAACAAAGCCAAAAUCAAACAGCAAGAUAUUGCGAUUCUUUCGCCGUAUAACGCACAAGUUACUGAGAUCAAACAACAACUGAAGAAGACGAAACUGGACAAGAUCACUGCGACGACAAUCACUAAAAGCCAAGGAAGUGAGUGGCGUUACGUGAUCAUAUCCACAGUGUGUUCUCUGUCGAGCGAAGAGAUCGAGAGCGAACCAGACGGAGCCUGGCUGUCCAAACAUCUGGGCUUCGUGGGCGACCCCAACCAGAUAAAUGUUGCCAUCACCCGGGCCAAGGAGGGCCUGUGCAUCAUCGGGAAUCAGGAGCUGCUGAGCUCCAGCAGAGCCUGGAGAAAACUCCUGAAGCACUACACGAGUGUGGGCGCGGUGACACGAGCCGAGGAUAUCUCAGCUGUCUUUUUAAAGAGGCCUGCUGACAGCAGAGCAACCACGCUCUCAGCACUCACUGAAUGAAGGGUUUCCAAAUUUAAACAUUUUUAUAUUUUUUAAUGAGUUUGAAGGCUUUUUUGAUGCUCUGAAUAACAUUCCAGUUCUCUGUAAAUAAAUCUUACUACUUUUUUAUUAAAGGUAUCUGAACGUCAUAGCUAGGCCUGUCAAACCGUUAAACAUUUGAAUCACCAUUAACUGCUAAACUAUAGUAAUCAUGCGAUUAGCAUGUUUGAAUUCCAUUUUUUCACAUUUAAAAAUAGUUGGGCUUUUAUUUUGAAGGUUUGUCCUGUCUUGAGCUGAGAGAACUUUACUCGCUGUGUGCUUUUAUUUUGAAAUAAAGUAAGGCCCUUCCUGUAGAUGGAAGGUUAGGACAGGAAGUUAAGCCCAGAAACAGGAAGUGGUUAGGGAUCCCAAAGUGAGGUCAAACAGCUCAAAGGAACGGUAACACCGUUAUUGAACGGUGUUGAAGAGGUUAACGCUGAUGGGCCUCGCUGUAACCUGAAUGAAGUCUCUCAGGUUCACAGACUGUUGGGUCAAUAGAUUGAAACUUUUAAACUUUGAUAUGAUUCUAUACAAUCUCAUUAGAUUAACAUCUGUGUGUUACCAUGGCAACAACGAGUUGUUUUUGAUUAGCAAUAGUUGCAGGUAAACUGCUGUACACGUUCUAAAUUGCACAAACACGUUUGUUGACAUAUUGUCCCAGACGUUGCCAACAUGUUGUUGAAAUCUAAACGGUAUGCAGCAGUUUACUCGCCACUUUCGAUGGCCUCCUUCCUCGCCUUCGCUGUCUGAUGAAGGCGUUUAUUCAAGCUGUUUGAUUCUGUCGAUCACUGGAAUGACAGAUUGUUUCGUUGGUAUGAAGAGUUUUUAUCUUUGCAUCGUGUGAUUGGACUUUAGAUUUAGCCGUGAAAGAGAGCGACCCUCUUACUGACCGAUGACUUGACGUUAGCUUCGUGUGUUUUUUUUGGUUGUUGGUGUAAUUAUUUUUAAAUGUCGUUUUCAGGGAAAGUUUGUAUCAGGUGACUUUUUAACAGAUUAAACAAAUAUUUA